CCAGCGCCGCCCAGCAGUUCACGUGAGCGCCGGAGUCAUCUGACGAAGAGGAAGGCCGAGGGGAGCUCGGGCGCUUCGGUGCUCUCAGGGACGGCCAUGCUCUCCCGCUUGCUGCGGGAGCACCAGGCCAAGCAGAGCGAGCGGAAGGAGCUGCAAGAACGGCGGCGGCGAGAAGCUAUUGCUGCAGCAACUUGUUUAACAGAAGCCCUGGUUGAUCAUCUUAAUGUUGGGGUGGCCCAGGCUUAUGUGAAUCAAAGGAAGCUGGACCACGAGGUGAAGACAUUGCAGAUCCAAGCUGCUCAGUUUGCCAAGCAAACAGGCCAGUGGAUCAGCAUGGUAGAAAACUUCAAUCAAGCUCUGAAGGAAAUUGGUGAUGUCGAGAACUGGGCACGGAGUAUCGAGAUGGAUAUGCGGACCAUUGCCACCGCUCUGGAAUAUGUUUACAAAGGGCAACUGCAGCCUUCCACUUCCUGAUCCAGAGGCCGGAUUCUCUCGGUCACCGGAAUUGCUUGGGCUCCAUCUCUCAUGCUACGUUGCCAACUGAAGGUAUAUCAUGGCAGAGUCCUUGCCCGCAACCUCUUCCUCUGCUUCGGUGGCUGUUCUUUUGCAGCACCGAGUAAGUGUCCCCCCUGCCUGCCCCCCCCCAGCCCAUCUAGAUGGCAUAAGAGUUGCCGCUGGGACUUUUGCUUUGACUUGCGCUUUGGCUGAGUAUCCAUGGGCAGCCUCUAGCUGGGAGGAAUCAUGAAGCAGCCUGACAUGGGAAUGCACAUACCCACAGGAAGGAAAAGAAGCCAUGCUUUUUUCCAUGGAAGCUGGAUCAGUCUGUGCUACGAACGCAGAAAGAAUGAAAUAAAAACAG